AUGGCAGCAGGAUUCGGGGGACAACAGCGGCUGCUGGCAGGAAUGCUGCUUGCGGUUGGCUGGAUGGCAGGAGGAAGGAUGAUGGCAGGAGGAUCACACACAAGAGUAAGAGCAGCAGCUCCUGCCUUGUCCCUCCAUGGUUGUUCUCUUGGAACGAGCAGGAACUUGGCAAUUCGCUUGCGGGGGGGGACUGAAAUCCCCAGGUAUGGAUGGGACCAGACAGCCGGAGAGGUGCAAAUUUUUGUGUUUGAUGAUGAAUCGAAGGAGAACAAGACAUCUGAACGAAAGCUCUCUGCAGAUGAUUUCAGUUUCCAAGCAAGAACUACAGGGUUCUCACUCGUGUGCUCACGGUGGGAUCUUACUAUCAGUGAGCUGUUCUUCGAAAUCGACGCGUCUAGAGCAACUUUCAAGAUCAAAGACAAAUACAUUCUCAUUCGCCUCCCCAAAGCUGAUAUAGAUGUUCUUUGGCCGAAACUUCAGAAAGUUUCCAAGCUCGUUCUUGAAGAUAUUCCCACCUUUCCAGCUUCGUGGCACGAUGACGCGGAUGGAGCGGACGGAUUGGAGGGGGAAAAUUCAACAGAGCCGGAUCCGACAGAAGAUAACAGGCAAGACAAACGAGACAAAAGCUUCCAAGAUCUUGAGUCCUCCUCCAAGGUUAAGACGAUGAUGAUCGAACGGCAAGCGCUUGAGCGACUGCUUGUAGCUGCCAAGGAAAAUAGACUCGCUGAACUAGAAAAGGCUCUAGAGCAUGAGUGCAAGGCUCGUUCAGAGCCGCCUAACGUGAUUCUCGACGCGUUCAAGGAUGCCAAUGCUCGAGGAGUGGUCCACUGGGCAGCAGCAGAGGGUCAUGUUGAGGUGAUAAAGCUUGCUAUGAGGGCGGGAGCCGACAUGAAGGCAAGGGAUGAGAAUGGUCAGAGUCCGUUCUUCAUUGCAGUUGUGAACAAGCGCAUGGAGGCUGCGAGACUUGUAGCUCGAAAUGUCUCUGUGGAUGUCAACGAGAAAGACGCUGGGCUGAGAGCUACACCCCUUCAUCACGCUGCUGGCAACGGCGACCUGCAGAUGAUUCACAUGCUCAUGCUGAUGAACGCAAACGUGAAUGCUACCUCCAUUCUUGGAUCUGCUCUUCAGUGGGCUGCGAUGUCGGAGUGCGAGGAGGCAGUGAAGUUGCUGAUUACCUUGGGGGCGGAUCCCAACGUUCUGCCCUCGGACGAGGGAGGGAGGAAGGUACCUCCACCUCUCGUGAUGGCAGCUUCGAUGAACCAGCACAGGAUGUGCGAGCUCUACGUUGGGGCAGGAGCAAACUUGUCCCUGUGCGAUCAGGAGGGAUUCACGGCGCUUCACUUCGCAGCUGAGACUGGCAACGUAGACCUGUUUCGACUGCUGGUCGAGAGGGGAUGCGACGUAGCGGCGAAAAACGUGCAUGGCAAGACGCCGUUGCAACUUGCACGCUACCGCUGGAGGAAGUCGCAGAGGUAUCAGAAUAUGCGCGACAUUCUCAUCUCCUUGGGGAGGAAUCUGAGCGAUUCAGAGCUGUGCGGUGAUAGUGAUGAGGAGGAAGAGGAUGAAGAUUCUUCCGAGCCCGAGCCUGCUCCUACCAUGUCGAGCACGGGAAACAGCGGCACUGCUGUCGUUUUCAAGGAGAAAGGCAACGAGGCUCUUCGUAGCAACAAGAUGGAGGAAGCGUACGCGUUCUACACUGAAGCUAUCCUACUGGACCCCAGCAGGAAAGAGUUCUUCUCCAACCGAUGCGCAGCUCUCCUCGCCCUCCAGCGUCAUGAAGAAGCACUGGCCGACGCACAGACAGCGAAGGCCAUGGACAGCAGCUGGGCAAAGGCUUGCUUCCGGGAAGGGCAGGUCAGCUGA